UGCCAAGGGAAGUGGGUUUUAUUCACUUCACUUCGGUAGAUCUUGUUUAUUGAUCCUUCUCUAUCUUUUCCCAAAAUCUGUCCAAAACUGACACUACACUGGAGAAAGAGAGAGAGAGUGAGAGGUCAACUACCACAGUAGAGUAACUUGAAACUCUGCAAGGCAAAAAAAUCAAUUUUUUUGCUUUACUUAAGGUUGAGGUGAAGAGUAAGCAGGUAGCUUCUUCAUCAACCUUUCGUCGGCAUUGUUGAUGAACUUGUUCCAAAAACACAUUUCAUGAAGAUUUACUAUAAGGGUCUUAGAGAUGGACUCUUUGCAAAAACAACCCCAACCCCAUGUUGUUGUUGAUGUUGUAGAGAAUGAGGAGCUCAGGAGUUCAUCUUCCCCACGUUCCAGCUGUGAGUCUGGUAGUACUGAGAUUAAGGAGAGAAGAUCCUCUGUGUCCGAGGUGGAUCUAGAAUGUGGUAUGGUAACUGAGAGUAAACUACACUUGGCAAAAGUUGAGAGGGAUUGCAGGAUUUGUCAUCUGAGCUUGGAUGCAACUAAUCAAGAAUCAGGCCUUCCAAUUGAGUUGGGUUGUUCAUGCAAGGAUGAUUUGGCUGCUGCUCAUAAACACUGUGCUGAAGCUUGGUUCAAUAUUAAAGGAAACAAAACCUGUGAGAUCUGUGGAUCAACGGCACGCAACAUUGUUGGGGCAAAUGAAGCUGACUUAGUGGAGCAAUGGAACGAAUCAAUUGAUGCUACACCAGCCGCAACUGCAGAUGUACACCAAGCCGAGACACGAAACUUCUGGCAGGGCCACCAGUACCUGAAUUUCCUGCUAGCUUGUAUGGUCUUUGCCUUGGUAAUCUCUUGGCUAUUUCAUUUCAACAUACCCUCAUCUUGAAAUCUUGUAGCAAAGACACUGGUACCACCCUCGAUACCAUCGUCUCUACAUCUGCUGAGUUAUUUAUUUUCUUUCGUAUAUUCUGUUCAAAUCACUGUCAGGUUUUGAACACUGUUGUGUAGCUUAUGAUCUUAUUGUUCUUACUUCACACGGCAAAAAUAGUAUCAGUGUAUUUU